GUAGAGACCAUUGUUGCGUUUGGUCCACGUUCGUUUGCGGUUCGGAAGAAAAUUUGUUGAGAAAAAUUUUAGAUUGUAAUUUAAAUUAAAAAUACCAAAACAAAUAGAGAGAAACGCUGAGGCUUGAAGGUAUCUCUGAAUACCUCCCUAGAAAAAUAUAAAACGACACGCUCCAAACGAAAAUAUCUCAUUUUUUUAUUUCUUCAAUCUGCCGCUUUCGUUUUUUAUUUUGGUGUUCUGUUGAAUUCUUGUGAUUUGUGCUUCUGUUUACCUUGAAAAUAUAGCUUCUAGGUAGAAAGAAGAAGAAAAAUUCCAAUACCUAGUGUUUGUGUUGUUGUUGUUGUUGGGCGAAGUUAAACAACAGCCCAACAAAAAGAAAAUAAAAAAGAAGAAGAAAACGGGAACGCAAGUGUCAAAAAAAGUGUUGAAAAACUUCGUUUCCGGUACCUAUACCUAUCCACCAAUUUUGGUUGACGGUUUCGUCACAACUGUCAAACCUACCAAAGUGGAGAAGUGGGGAAGUGAAAAUGUUAAUAUAAUAUAAAUUAAUUGAGUGCAAUAAAAAUGUAAACACAGUGAAAUUCAAUCUUCAGUGAAAUAUGUAACGUGGUGAUGUUUAAAAUUAUGUACAAUCGAGAAAGAUGUCUACUACCAAGUACCAACUAACCUCGGAUAAACGCAAACCCUUUGGAUUACCAUUUCUUCUGUCAAAUAAUUUCCUUCAAAUUGGCAGUCCACCUUUGACAGUUCAAAUUCAGAUUGGUGAAGUGUUUGGUUGCAAUUAAAUAGAAAUUAAGAAAAAUCAAGUUAAAACAAAAAAUAAAUCCUUCUUUCUACGCGACGAAGAUCAAAACACGAUCUACAAGUUUUUGUCCCCAUUUUCUUUUCUUUUUGUUUUACCUAAGUCUUAUUUAUUUUCCAAUCGCGCUGCUGUCGCUGUCGUCGUUUUUAUUUGUGUUGUUGUUUGUAUAUUUGUACGCUUUGGCAAACAUAAUACUCACCACAGUAGGCGAAAUAUAAAAUCACUGUCAACGAGACAGGUUUUUGUCAUCAUCGAUCGCAUCAUAUUCACCACACCUGCUUGUCUAGUUUUGGAUUAAUCGUUUCUCUAAUUUUCUGCAACAUCAAAUGCAAAGCAGCAACAACAACAACUGAUCGUGGUGUGUCAUCGUCAUCGUCAUCACACAUCGCAUAUAAUAAAAUUCACCAGAGUGCUAUUAUUUUGAGUGUAUUGUGUUAAGUGUAUGAUUAUAAGUUUACCGUUCUUUUUCGUGUUAAAUAUUUUGAGUGUGUGAGUGAAUUUAACACUCAUACUUAGAAAAGAAGAAGAAAAAAAGAAAAUCAAUUUUUUUGUGUCUUAUUUAAUUAAAUUCCUGUGGAAUAUUUACCUUUUUUUGUUGUAAAAAGUAACAAUCUUCGAACCGUCGUCGUCGGACCACCCUCCCCACGUUUUUCAAUCUUUAUAAAUCUACUCACCAAAAAACUGACGACUUCUUUUGAAUAAUGGAUAAGAUGUCAAUAAUAAAUUUUUGGAUACAACGCACACAUCGAACACAAUCGAUAUUGUCGCUGCUUUUUGGAUAUGUAUUAUUUAUAUGCGCACAGACUGCACGAGCUGCUGAUUUAGUGAUUGAGAUUCCAGGCAAUUUGGGACAGGAGGACUCUUUCUACCGUUUGGACUAUAGUCCUCCCUUUGGCUAUCCCGAAGCAAAUACGACAAUCGCAUCAAGGGAUGUUGGCGAUGAGAUACAAUUUUCCCAUGGGCUUCCCGGUACAACGUAUAACUUUUGGUUAUACUAUACAAAUUCAACGCAUCACGAUUGGCUAACGUGGACAGUGACCAAUACAACGGCUCCUGAUCCACCCUCAAACCUAUCGGUAGCUGUACGCAGUGGGAAGACUGCAACUAUAACAUGGAGUCCACCGCUCCAGGGAAACUAUUCGUCCUUUAAAAUUAAGGUCUUAGGACUCUCGGAUGCGUACGAUACGAAUCGUACGAUUUUAAUUGAUGACAAUGCAUUCCAAUAUCAUAUAAGAGACUUGACGCCCGGAGCAACAUAUCAAGUGCAAGCUUAUACAAUUUAUGACAAUAAGGAAUCUGUUGCUUAUACAAGUCGUAAUUUUACAACAAAACCCAAUACUCCCGGGAAAUUUAUCGUUUGGUUUCGUAAUGAAACUACUCUUUUGGUCCUAUGGCAGCCCCCAUAUCCUGCCGGUAUUUACACACAUUACAAAGUCUCCAUCGAACCACCGGAUGCAUUGGAGAGUGUUCUGUAUGUUGAAAAAGAAGGUGAACCACCGGGUCCAGCUCAAGCUGCCUUCAAAGGUCUCGUACCAGGACGGGCUUAUAACAUAUCAGUUCAAACAAUGUCAGAAGAUGAAAUCUCUUUGCCAACAACAGCUCAAUACCGUACUGUUCCGUUAAGACCGUUAAAUGUAACGUUCGAUAAAGACUUUAUAACUUCGAAUGCUUUUAAAGUCUUGUGGGAAUCACCGAAGGGUGUUAGCGAAUUUGACAAGUAUCAGGUAUCAUUGUCUGCUUCGAGGCGACAAUCGAUGGUGCCGCGAAGUAAUGAUGCAAUUGCGUCAUUAGAAUUCCGGGACAAUUUGGAACCGGGAAAAACGUACAAUGUGAUAGUCAAGACUGUGUCGGGAAAAGUGACAUCAUGGCCUGCAACGGGCGAUGUUACUCUGAGGCCUCUUCCAGUGAGGAAUUUAAAGUCUUAUAAUGAUGAAAAGACAAACGACAUGAUUCUUACUUGGGAACCAGAUCCACAGAGUACACAGGAGGAGUAUAGAAUCAGUUAUCAUGAAGUGGAGACUUUUAAUGGCGAUGCCAGCACAAUGUUCACUGAUAAAACUAGGUAUAAUUUGGAGAGUCUGCUACCGGGAAGAAAUUACUCCCUGACCGUUCAAGCAGUGUCGAAGAAAAUGGAGUCCAAUGAGACUACGAUUUAUGAUGUGACCCGACCCUCCUCUCCGAUCAUAGAAGACUUGAAGAGUAUCAAAGAGGGAUUGAAUAUAAGUUGGAAGAGUGAUGUCAACUCCCGUCAGGAGAAAUACGAAGUUCUUUAUUCAAGAAAUGGCACAUCAGAAGUUCGUACAGUUUUUACAACCGAGUCUAGGUUGGUUAUUAAGAAUCUCUAUCCUGGAGCUGGUUAUCAAGUCAAAGUUUUCGCCGAUAGUCAUGGGUUGAAAAGUGAGCCGCAUGCCUAUUUUCAAGCAGUUUUUCCCAAUCCUCCACGAAAUCUUACAAUAGAAAAGGUAACAAGCAACUCGAUUUUCAUUCGUUGGCAACCUCCAGAGCGCAGUGAAUUCACCGAGUACUCUGUCCGUUAUAAGACAGACAACGACAAGCAGUGGUCUCGUUUGCCUAGUGUCAAGGGCACUGAAGCCGAUCUCACUGAAAUGACACCUGGUGAGCGGUAUACCAUUCAAGUCAACACAGUGAGCUAUGGUGUGGAGAGUUCGACACCUCUGCAAAUUAAUCAAACAGUUCGGCCAAAUCCUGUCUCAGAGAUAAUUCCUCUAGUCGACUCCACUAACAUUACAUUGGAAUGGCCACGCCCUGAGGGCAGAAUUGAGGAGUAUGUUCUCAAGUGGUGGCCAUCGGAUAGUCCGAGUAAAAUCUACACAAAGAACGUUUCCGAAGACAGUCGUGAUGAUCCGGAAACAGUUCGUGUCUUAAUUGGAGACCUUAUGCCUGGCGCCCAAUACAAGUUUGACAUUUAUACCAUCUCUUAUGGGCUGACAAGUGAUACGAAUCAUCUGUCAACCCGAACCAUGCCUUUGAUUCAGUCAGAGGUAGUUGUGGUGAAUAAUAACAUUGUUCUGGAACGCGAUACAAUCACCUUAGCCUAUACACCAACCCCUCAAUCGUCUUCCAAGUUUGACAUCUACCGGUUUUCAUUGGGUGAUAUUUCUAUUGAAAAUAAAGAAAAGCUCGCCAACGACACCGACCGCAAAGUCACUUUCACCGGCCUGAUCCCUGGACGUCUCUAUAACAUCACUGUCUGGACUGUCAGUGGAGGAGUAGCUAGCUUGCCAAUUCAGCGACAAGAUCGCCUGUAUCCCGAACCCAUCACGCAGAUCAAUGCAACUCAUAUCACUGAUACUGAAAUUUCCCUGAAAUGGGAUCACCCGAAGGGUGAAUAUAACGCCUUCGAAGUUCAAUAUCUAAACGCUGAUUCAAAUUACGUCUCAAACUUGACCACUCAGGACACGAUCACGAUAGCUGAUUUGAGACCGCAUCGAAAUUACACCUUCACCGUUGUAGUGCGAAGUGGUACAGAAUCAUCGGUUCUCCGAAGUAGUUCACCUGUGUCGGCUAGUUUUACCACAAACGAGGCAGUUCCAGGUCGAGUUGAGAAAUUCGAACCAAUAGAUGUCCAGCCAAGUGAAGUAGUCUUCGAUUGGUCACUUCCAACAAGCGAAGCCAACGGGGUGAUAACUCAAUUCUCAGUCGCCUAUGGACUUGAGGGCUCAACCCAAACUCAAACCAAAGAUUUCGAAGCCGAUGAAACAAGAGGAACGAUCAAGAAUCUUCUCCCUGGAAAGACGUAUGUCUUCAAAAUUCAAGCAAAAACCUCAAUCGGCUUUGGGCCAGAGAAAGAAUGGAAACAGCGAAUGCCAAUUCUAGCUCCACCAAAACCGGCUACACAAGUUGUUCCUACGGAGGUCUAUCGAAGUUCCUCGACAAUACAGAUUCGCUUUAGGAAGAAUUAUUUCUCCGAUCAAAAUGGAGCGGUUAUAAUGUACACGAUCAUUGUUGCGGAAGACGAUACAAAGAAUGCUUCUGGUCUCGAAAUGCCCAGUUGGCGGGACGUGCAAUCGUACAGCGUGUGGCUUCCAUAUCAGGCCAUCGAACCAUAUUUUCCAUUCAAGAACAGCUCAAUAGAAGAUUUCACUAUCGGAGCUGAGAACUGUGACAUUCGUCAAGGUGGCUACUGUAAUGGUCCUCUAAAGUCAGGAACGACUUAUCGAGUUAAAGUUAGAGCUUUUACGGCACCUGAUAAAUUCACAGAUACCGCCUAUAGCUUCCCAAUUCAAACAGAUCAAGAUAACACGUCGCUGAUCGUUGCAAUCACAGUACCAAUGACAAUCAUUUUGAUCCUCUUGGUAACCCUAGUCUUUUUCAAGAAACGCCGUAGCAGUGGUCGAAAAACAACGAAAGAAUCUCGAGCCCAUGACAAUAUGUCACUGCAGGACAGUGUAAUCGAAACCAACCGUCCGAUUUUGAUUAAAAACUUUGCCGAACACUACCGGUUGAUGUCAGCCGAUUCCGAUUUCCGAUUUAGUGAGGAAUUCGAAGAGCUCAAACACGUCGGCAGAGAUCAACCUUGUACCUUUGCCGAUCUGCCUUGUAAUCGGCCAAAGAAUCGAUUCACCAAUAUUCUUCCCUAUGAUCAUUCCCGCUUUAAGCUUCAGCCCGUCGACGAUGAUGAAGGAUCAGAUUACAUCAAUGCCAAUUAUGUGCCUGGUCACAAUUCCCCAAGGGAGUUCAUAGUCACUCAGGGUCCGUUGCAUUCGACGCGAGAUGAUUUCUGGCGCAUGUGCUGGGAGAGCAAUUCGAGAGCGAUAGUUAUGUUGACGAGGUGUUUCGAAAAAGGUCGUGAAAAGUGUGAUCAAUAUUGGCCACAUGACACGGUCCCUGUGUUCUAUGGGGAUAUCAAAGUUCAAAUUUUGAACGACAGCCAUUAUGCGGAUUGGGUGAUGACAGAAUUCAUGCUUUGUCGAGGAGCUGAACAGCGAAUUCUUCGUCAUUUCCACUUCACCACAUGGCCCGAUUUUGGAGUGCCAAAUCCACCACAAACUUUGGUACGGUUUGUCAGAGCGUUCCGUGAUCGUAUUGGCAGUGAGCAACGACCAAUUGUGGUCCAUUGUAGUGCUGGAGUUGGUCGAUCGGGAACUUUCAUAACUUUAGAUAGAAUUCUUCAACAGAUCAAUACUUCGGAUCAUGUUGAUAUCUUUGGAAUAGUUUUUGCAAUGAGAAAAGAACGUGUCUGGAUGGUGCAAACGGAACAACAAUACAUUUGCAUUCAUCAGUGUCUUUUGGCUGUGCUCGAGGGUAAGGAGAAUAUCAUUGGACCGGCUCGUGAAAUUCAUGAUAACGAAGGUUAUGAGGAUGAUGAAGGUAUUGCGGAAUCGGGGAUGUAAAAAUAUAACUAAAUUAAAAAAAGAACACAAUAAAUAAUAUAAUACAACUGACAAAAAUUACAAAUAAAUAAAAAAAUAAUUCCUUCAAAAAUUUUAAGAGAAACUAUAUAAAUACAAAAUAGAUAUAAAAACAUAAAUUUCUGUAUGUAAUAAAAUUACAUAAUUUACGUACAAAACAAAAAACAGUAAAAUAAAUUAUAAUACAAAGCAGUUUACAUUAUAAAACAAAUCUUUAUACAACAAAAACAAAACAAUUAUACUAAAUAAUUUGUUUAAUUUAUACACACACUAUACCGUUAGUCUUCAGAUACAAAUUAAAAACAGACGUGCAAUAGACAAAAUAUCCGUGAUUUGACAAUACAUACAUAUAUCUCUCUCACUCUCUCUCUUGACCAAACAACAUUCCACUGAUUUUAAAAUACGAAAAUAAGCAACAAAAAAAUAUUAACAAAUAAAAACGAAAAAAAAAAUAACAACAAUAAACACACACAAUCGAAAUCUUCUAAGAAACCGAAAUCAAAAAGAAAUUGUUUAAUUAAUUUUAUUAUUAUAACUAUAUUGAUAUAUAAAUAAAUAAUAUAUAUAUUUUAUACACAAUUUUUUUAAAUUCUUGUCGAUAUUAUUUUUCUAUAUCUAAUCUCUGUUUUGUUUUGAUUAAAAUUUUGUUUGUUUUUUUAUUUUAAUGUUUUAUUAUUAUUUUUUUUUUUGUAGCCAUGAAAACCUAUAUUAUAGAUAAAUUUUAAGUAUAAAAUUAAAACACAUUAUGACUGUAUGUUAAAUAUAAAUUAAAUUAAACGAAAACAAAAAUCAUAAUUGUAUAUGUAAUAAUUUAUAAAAUAAAAAGAAAAAAUAUUAAUUACUUGUGUAUUUUACUAAUUAUAAAAUUAUAUAAAUUAUCUGUAUAAAUAGCAAAAGAAACAAAAUAAAAAAUUAAUAUAAUAAAUAAUAAAUACGAAAUAAUUUUACUACACAAAAAAAAAACAAUAUAGUACUCGUUACUAUGUAAACAAAAGAAUUAUAAUAAAUAACAUGUACAUUUUAGAAUCCUAAUAAGCAACAAAAAAUAAUUAUUUUAUAAAGAAAAAACAAAAACAAUGCCAAGAACAAAAUAAAAUAAUUCAAUUUAAUUGCUCAUAUUAUAUUGUGAAUAUUAUACGGAAGUAAUUAUUUGUUCAAAAUGAUGAUGUGUUGUCUUUAGAAAUAAAUAUUUGUUUUUUGAUUUGAAUAUUUUGCAAAUUUAAUUUGUUUUAACAAACCUAAGGCGUAAGCACAAGGCAUUAGGGAGUGAGCACACUUGACUCUAAAGGUGUUAAGUAGUGUUCACAUGAGCGCGACCAACGAAUGACGAAUGAUUUACAAAAUGUGGGUUUAUAUACGUUUGAAGACAUAUUUUCACACAAAUUCUUAAAAAAACGAUAGCAAUACAGUUUCUUUUUGAUUUAUGAUGUAUACUUUUACUUUUCAAUAUCAUAUAUUAAUAAAGAGGAUUGCUCAUUUUAUAAAGGACAUCCGGACCGGAGUGUACACCAAUGAAUUUGGUAUCAAAUUAAAGGUUGUUCUAAGCCGGAUAUAUCUGCAAAAAUAUUUUGUCGAUAACUCUUGGGAGAUCCGAAAUAUUUGAGAUUGAAGUUCGAAAUGCCCAACCAUUAAAAAUCAGCACUUUUUCGACAUAAAUGCUAAAUAAUUAAUAAAUAAAAUUAAUUAAUAAAUUUAAGAAAACAAAUUUAUUCGUCGCGAAAUAAAUUGUAGUUGAUACGAAAUAUCAAACUUUAUUCGCGUUCCACAUUAUCCACACUCGCAACGAAUUAAAUAAUCGUGCGUACUUAACCUAAACAAAUCAUUCUUGUUUUGGUUUCGGUGGUUAAUGGUAUUUGGCUGUGGCUCCUUGUCAAACUUCGUUCGCGACGAAUUAAAAACUCUCUUUUGAAAGAAACGUCAAAAUCGACGAAUAUUCGUUCAUUCGUUGGUCGUGCUCAUGUGAAUAGUGCUUUAAAGCAUCUUGCACAUGAGCUACGAACUGCGAAUUGCGAACUGUGGAUGUUUGUAUAUUUUGACUUUUCUUUCACAUGAGCUUUAUUUCUAUUCGCAGACCGUGACGAUUUGUAAUUACCCUUUUAACAAACAAAACAAGAGUGGUAUAAUUUUGAGGUUAAGUUGAGCGCGAACAAUUUAUUCGUUGCAGUGUGGAUGGUAUGUGGAACACGAAUAGAGUUUGACAGUUCAUAGAAAACACACUGAAUUCGUUACUACCAAUUCGUUACUACCAAAUUGUUUUUAAUUGUCUUAUUAUAGAGAACAAAAUGCAAAUUUUAUCAUUAUAACGUAAGUGUGAACUGGUUUCUGAUAAUUAAAAUGUGUUUUUGUUUGAAAUUGACUUUUUGAAAUGUAUAAAAUUACUUUGUAGGCCAUUCGUUCAUUCGUUGUUCGCUCUCAUGUGCAAGGCUCUUAACAAAUUAAUUUAAUUUUAUGAUAGCAUUAGAUUCAAAAUUAAAUUUUGUUUUCCAUAUUUUAGUUUAGACUUUAUGGUUAUUAAAAACAUUUUAUAUGAAGAUAUAAACACUCAGUAGCCAUCUUGAUUUUCCCACAAGCUAACAGCUGAUUGAUGAGUUCUUUCAAUGAAUGGGCGAAGUGUGUUAUGGAACUCAAUUCUUUUCAUUGACAUUACAAAUAUAUCAAAUUUGUUUGUUUCUUAAAACAGAAUAGGCUAAAAGAACUUCUAGAAGAUGAGACACUAGUUGACGGCCAACUCAAUGGCGUAGCCUACAUCUCACAUGAACAUUGUCCAAUAUACAAAUAGUGGACAUUAGCCCAAUUAAUUGGUUGUUUCGACGAGUUCAAACGAAGCCUGCCUAUCUGGGCCGAUGAUUGGCUGCCAAUUCUGUAUCUGUCAAAAUUGACAGAUGACGUUAAAAUUUCUGAGGUGGAAUCGGCUAAGGGGAUACUUGACUCAAAUUGACUAUCAUUUUCAUUCCGUCUGUGUAAGAUGCUAUACUCAAUUCAACUCGAUUGAACAAUUUUAGAUUUAAAUUGUCAAAAUUUGAAUCUGAAAUGUUGUUGGCUUGGUGAAAUUUCAAAUUGAUUUUUAUAAAACAUCUAAAUAAAAAUUUCAAAUUGGCUGAUUUUGAAUAAAAUUCUUUAUUUUUUUGCUUUUUUCGAAUUUCGUAAGCUUUGUCGGCCACAGGAAUGUGUUUUUUUAAAGAAACAAAGUGAACUAAACAAAUUUUCCAGUCGUUUUUGUAAGCAUUUGAUAACUCUAUUCGGAAAAAACAUAUUUGUUUUGAAAACGACUAUCACAUUUUUUGUGACAGCUUUUUAGGUAUCAAUUUGACUAUCACCUUAUGUAGAUCAAAUUCGAUCAUUUUGAUUGUCAUUUAUAAACCAUCACCUUGGCCGAUUUCACCCCUGUUUACAUGGUUGGUAAAAAAUUGGUUAAUAUUCUGAUGGAUGCUAAUCUUUUAGAACAACUCGCUCUGUAAUUUUACAAAUGACGUUGGAAAAAGAAAUGUUUUAAUUUAACGUUUUUGGAAAUUCUGUUAUUGCCGGUACUUAUAUUUUAUUUUAAACAUGGUGUUCAAAUAGGAAUCUUUGAGAGGGGACUUAGUUUCCCAUUAAAUCUUUUUAUCUCGCUCUUAAAUGCUGGUUAAAAAGAAAUAAACAUUAAAAUUAUCAGGAUGAAAAGUCAAAGAGUCCAAUGUUAACUGAAAUCUGUCUAAAAACAUAUUAUUUUGUUUACUUUUGCUUUUUUGCAUUAAAGUAUUAAAUUUUUUAAAGUUCUUAUGUACAAAUUUGUUUCAUUGACCCAUUAUCAUUCUAAAUGAGCCAAAUAGCUCACCGAACCAAUCUGACAGCUUUUAUCUGACUUUAUUGAGUCACUUGGGGAAGUUUGGAUUUUCAAUUAGUUUAGAAUUAAAUUAUUUCCAACGAACUAAGUCGUUUGGCUCUAUUUAGCCAUAUUUAUAAUUUGUUUGGUUUUAAGGAAAUCACUUCCGAGUAACCUGAUUUAAUUAUGAAGCACACUUGAACGAACAGUUAUUUUGUUCUAUCGCUUAAAAAAUAGAAGAAGGUGUCCUCACUUAGUAAUUUACUCGAGCAUUUCCGAUCCUAGCUCCGAUGUAAACGUGUUCUUUUUUUUGACAGUUUCUUAAUUUGUUCAGACCUACAAAAGUAAAACACCUUUUCGUUCUGAAUGUGUGUCCGACUUAAAUUUUGUUUUACUUAAACGUCAUAAUCGCAUAAUUAUACUGUGAACCACAAUAAAAUGUUUGUAAAACUGACAGAUUUUGAGUAGAAAAGAAGUUCCGAAGACUAAAAAACAAUCCGGAAACACCUUUAAGUUUACCUACUCGUAUAUCCAGUCAUGUACGUUUUUGACGUUAAGAAUUUGACACUUUUAUGUUCUUUGCAGAACAUGGAGAAUUAUAAUAAAAUCCUAUUCAAGGGCUUACUGCUUUUGAAUUUUUAAUUAUUUCAACCCAAUAAAACUUAAUGGUAUUUUAAAUUCCUUUAUUGUAUUUAAACUGUUAAGUACCUUCACCAGUAGAUGGCUGCCCUCAUUGUAUUUAUACUGUUAAGUACCUUCACCAGUAGAUGGCUGUUUUACUAUUGCGUCAUUUUAUAGGACAAUGUUGGUGGAUAUAAAUACAAAUGUCACUGUAAGCAAUUUUGUUUUUACAUUUUAAAUUUACAAUUUAAUAAAUUCAAAUAUCUCAUAUUUUACCAGGCCUUUAUGAGAAAUUUCUCAAAGUCUUCAACCACAUUUUGUUUGAACUAAAUUACUUCCAAUCAAUCACAAAAAUUAAAAACAAAAAAACAAACUUAUACACUCGUUUAUAACCAUACCUACCUAAAUAUCUUUUUUAUACAAACAUUUUGUACCACUAUAAAUUAAUUAUACCAAUUUUUAUGCGAAAUUUAUAAAUUGCAAAAUUAAACAAAUUUAAUAAAACAAAAAAAAGAAAACAAAAGAAAUAACUUGCACAAUUUUUAAAUGUUUAAAAUGUUUAAUACUUUGCAUUAUAUAGCUGGUAUACAUUUUUCAAAAAAAAUAUGAUUAUGUUUAUAUAAACACAAAACAUCAGUUAAACUGGUAUAAAAUAAAUUAAUUAACCUUCCACCUACAGGUUUUUCCCUUCCUUAUACCUUUUUAUAUUAAUAACAUCUUCAGCUCAACAUAAUUCUAUUUUUAAUUACUCAUAUGUAAGUCCGUAACUUUUAUUCAAAAUAAUGCCAAAUUGUAAACAGGAAAAAAACAUUUACAAAAACAUAAAAAUAUAUGAUAUAAACUAAACUAUACCUUUGAACAAAAACAACAACAACAACAAACUUUAUUUCGUCUAAGAAAUAAUUUCUCUAAAAACAUAAACAAAUAGUUUUCUUGUUCCUUCCAUAUGUGCUAAGAUGUGUUAACAAAUAACAAACAAAAACUAAGGAAAAUAUCGAGAAAAGAAACACACAGCUAUAUAUAUAUAUAUAAAUAAUAAAAUAAAUUAUAAUUAACAACAAACGAAAAAAUAUCAUAGAAUUAAUAAAUUAUUAUCAAGAAACUAAGCAUUUUUGAAAAAACAAAAACGGAUACAACACAAAAAACCGUUUAGUGUAAUUACAAAUAAACAAUAUUCUAAAUGCAAAGAAAAGAAAAUAAGAAAAAAAAACAACAAAAAACUAAAAUAUAGUACAUAUAUAAUUUGUGUAAGAUUUUUUAAAUUUAAAUAUCAACAGUUUACUUAAUUAUACAUAUGUUAAUUAUUUUUUUACUUUAAUUUUUAAACACUUGUAUAUUUUUUGCACAGAUUUUAUUUUCUUUAUUUUUUACUUUAAUUAUAAUAUUGUUGAAAUAUUUUGUUUGCAAUCAUAAAUAUUAUGGGAAGUGGGAGCUGCAAAAGAUAUUUUUUUUUUAAUGUAGCUACAAAUUGAAGUUAUGUAUAUUUAAUAAUAUUCGAUAAAAAUGAUAUUUUAUAUAAAUAAUUGUAUUUUAAAAAUUUUUGUUUUUGGUUCGAUAUAUUAUGUAAAUCGUGUUAAUGUGUAGAAGAAAAAAAUGAAGAAAUGUGAAUGGUCAAUAAUAAAACCGAAAACUCAUUGUAUAUUAAA